AGUUUAAUCUUUAGACAAUGUGUGGAGUUCUUGUGCGCCUUUACGCACGGGCGGGGCGGUGCCACUAAAACUGUAAUUAUGUCACUAAAAGCUCCUCCUCUCUUCAGUCCUAAUCCCUUAGGCUACAGCCCGUGUUAAUACUGCGUCUGAAAUUUAUCCACAAGUAGCAGGCAGCAGUAGUUUACACACUAGAGGUCCAGGGCUGUCUCCACACGCGUUUUUGGACACAUUUGAGCCUGGCUGCUCACCUGGACAACAUCCAAGAGACACACACACAGUCUCGCCACUCAGCAUGGCCUCCUCUGAGGACACAGAAGGCUCCCUGAUGCCUGUGGACUUUAUCCAGCUGCAGCAGUACAUGGAAGACAGCAGUUUAAGGGUGAAAGAUGUGAUGAAGGACUUUUAUCCAGGAGGUCGCCUGGCCAAGCACACUCAUGGAGAGUGCCUCGACAGCGAGGGUUUCUGUCUCUUCCUGAAAACCUACCUGGAGGUGGAGGACUUCCCUGCAGAUUUCUGCAAACGUCUUUUUUGUUAUUUUCAACACACUGAGCAGGAUGGGUCGACAAACAGCCCUCUGCCCAAAGGAGGGAGGGUGUUUCUCCAGGACGUAUCCUGUUACUUCUCAGUGCUGGAGGAGGGGCAGCCGCGUGAGAAGCUCGAAUUUACCUUCAAACUCUAYGACAAAGAUGGCAACGGACUCCUGGACAGUUCUGAAGUGGAUCGUAUCAUCACCCAAAUGAUGCGAGCUGCUGAUUACCUGGGCUGGGACGUGACUGAACUCAGACCAGUCCUCAAAGAGAUGAUGACCGCAAUAGAUGUGGAUAAUAGCGGCACCGUCACUUUGGAGGAGUGGGUGAAAGGAGGCAUGAACAAYGUCCCUUUACUUGUACUGCUUGGACUGAAGAUGACUGAGAAGAACGGGCAGCACAUCUGGAGGCUGAAGCAUUUUAACAGGCCGACCUACUGYUACGUGUGCAAGAGCAUGCUGCUGGGCCUCGGGAAGCAGGGACUCUGCUGCAACUGUUGCAAGUACACUGUCCACAACCAGUGUGCCAACAAUAAUCCUGACCCUUGCGCUCGCACCUUUGUCAAGUCCAAACAGGAAAUUGGUAAACCCACUCACGACUGGAUCAAAGCUGACUGUAACAGCAGCAAGUGUCAGGUCUGCUUCAAGAAGAUCAAAAUUUUAGGAGGGAGUCGUUGUGUGUGGUGCCAGGAAAUGCGCCAUGAUGACUGUAUAAAUACUGGUAUACCAAAAUGUGACUGUGGGGAACUGAGGGACCAUAUUUUGCCUCCAUGGGCCAUCUAUACUGCCUCGAAGCAGGAAGACGACACCAACAUUUUGAAUGUCACUCCUGAUGGUCAAAUCCUGCAGACUGUCCAAAUUCCAGACACCCAUCCUUUACUUGUGUUUGUAAAUCCUAAAAGUGGAGGGAACCAGGGUGAACGGGUGCUCAGGAAGUUUCAGUAUCUGCUGAAUCCACGUCAGGUUUACAAUUUGUCCAACGGAGGUCCUUCUCCGGGACUCCAAUUCUUCAGGAAUUUGCAUCAGUACAAGAUUUUGGUGUGUGGGGGAGACGGCACAGUCGGGUGGCUGCUGGAUGCUAUAGACAAAGCAGAUCUCCAGGUGUGCCCCCCAGUUGCCGUCCUGCCCCUGGGCACCGGGAAUGACAUGGCUCGCUGUCUACGCUGGGGAGGAGGCUACGAGGGCUCGGACUUGACAGAAAUCCUGAAGGAGAUUAAAGCUAGUGAGGUGAUCGCUCUGGAUCGUUGGAGCAUCCAGGUGAUCCCAAACAACCUUAAUGAGGCCGGAGACCCUGUACCUUAUGAAAUCAUGAACAACUACUUCUCUAUCGGAGUGGAUGCUUCUAUUGCUCAUCGUUUUCACUCCAUGAGAGAGAAACAUCCCCAGAAGUUCAACAGCAGGAUGAAGAACAAACUGAGGUAUUUGGAGUUUGCCACUUCCGAGUCCAUCUCUGCCUCCUGUAAGAAGCUGAAGGAUUGUCUCUUUAUUGAGUGCUGUGGAAAACAGCUCGACUUGAACAACGUGUCUUUAGAGGGCAUAGCUGUCCUCAACAUUCCCAGCAUGCACGGCGGCUCCAACCUCUGGGGCGAAUCCAAAAAGUCUGAUAGUCUGUCGGAGGCGGAGCACAGUCAAGUUAUCACUGAUCCCGAAGUUCUCAAAUCAGUCUCACAAGAUAUAAGCGAUAGGCGUUUUGAGGUGGUGGGGCUGGAAGGAGUUCUAGAGAUGGGCCAGAUCUACACUAGACUGAAGAGCGCCGGGCACAGACUGGCACAGACCUCCCAAAUCACCAUCAGGACGUCCAAAGCGUUACCCAUGCAGAUUGAUGGGGAGCCGUGGAUGCAGCCUCCUUGUACUAUUCAUAUAACUCACAAGAACCAGGCCAACAUGCUGAUGCCGCCACCAACAAAAGCAUCUGGCUUCUUUCACAAGUAAGAGUCCUCUACAUCCUGGAGUGUGCAGAGGGGUUUCUGCAGAGUGUUUCAGUCCAAUAUUAAACAUGUGAUAGUGUUUUAUUUUGUAUAUACAUAUCCUUUUAUUUUAUUCCCUGCUAUAUAGUUUAUAUAUAUAAAAAAAUCUGCUUGAACGUGUGUACAAAAUUCAAUGUGCAAAUGUUUUCAGUAGUGUGUGCCAACUAAAUGUGAUCCCAUGUGUCUGUAUGAAAGAGCAGAACAUGUUGUGUGUCUGUAAAUUAACUAGGAUUUUUUAAUUUUUAGUUUUCGUUUUAUGUUGUGACAUUACAGUAGUUUGUGGAUGAAUUAUGUUUACAGUAGUGUAUUGUUGAGUUUCGUCUUUCACCGUCAGUGUGUGUCCAUGCAAAAUAACCAGUUAGUGAUGCCAUUUAAAAUAAAUGUUUAAAAUAUAAGGACUUUUUGAAAAUGUCAAAUCUCAGCCUGUUUUUGAAUUUUGAUGUUGCUUUUACAGAUUACCGCAGUUACAGUCAACACUGUUCACUGCUUUUAGUAUUCAGAGGCGCUGAACAUAAAUUCCUUUAAGAUUUUACAUCUUUGCAUUGCGCUUCUUUUAAAAAAAAUGUUUAUGAGGAUGAACUCCUGCCAAAAUGUGGUAGUAGUAAGGCCAAAGCGAGUCACUUUUUGUGUGCGUUUUUUUUCCAUUGAAGCCAUAUUUGUGGUAGAUUUUAGGAUACUUGUGUACAUUUGCGUAUACUCACAUGUUGUCUUGUUUUAAAGUCAAAUUUUGUAUUUGUCAUUUGGAUGUAUCUUGACCAUGUUGUAUUCUCAAUUUCAAAAGAGCUUCAUACAUCACAUUGAAAUGAUGGAUUAUAUCAUUACAUCAACCCAAUGUGGAUUAGAGAGUGCAGGUAAAAAUGUAAUCUUACCUUGAUAUUACUAAAUUUUAUUUUUAACUCUAAAUUGUCUGAGGAAUCUUUAAUGUAAUCCCAUGGCUGAAUAUGUGAAUAAACAGGACUGAAGAAUACUGAAA